AUGUACCUCCAAGCAUUUAAAAACACUUUCUUUGUUGACAUUUUGGAAUAUUUUCAACUGGUCAAGAUAUAUGAAGAUGUACCCAACAAAUAUAUAGACGCCAAAGGUACUCCACUUUACGUGGAUUCAUCAUCAACUGACAUAGAAAGUAAAGGUGGCAAAGAAAGCCAGAAGGGAGACGUAGAUCCUCUCUUGAUUGAUUGGAAUGGUGAGGACGAUCCUGACAAUCCACAAAAUUGGACUUCCUCUAAAAAAAAUCUGAUCAUUUUCGAAAUAAUGAUGCUGACAUGUAUCAAUUAUAUGGGAUCAUCAAUUUAUACACCGGGGCAGGGAGGGAUCCAAGAUGAUUUUCACGUAGGUCACGUCACUGCCACACUAAAUUUAUCAUUGUACGUCCUUGGUUAUGGAUUAGGUCAAAUAUUCUUUUCACCACUUUCCGAAGUGGCCAAAAUUGGCAGACAGCAAAUUUAUAUUAUUACUUUCUUUAUAUUUAUGCUUUUGCAAAUAGGGUGUGCUACAGUCCAGAAUAUUGCAGGACUCGUCAUUUUGAGAUUCAUAACAGGCAUCCUAUGUUCACCUUCCUUAUCGACCGGCGGUGCCACAAUUGCUGAUAUUAUCCAUCCAGAUAACCUAGCUAUCUACAUAGCCUUAUGGGCUAUUGGUGCUGUUGCUGCUCCCAUAGUUGGCCCACUUUUAGGUGCCUCUAUGGUGGUUGCGAAAAAUUGGAGAUGGUGUUUUUGGUUAUUACUAUGGCUUGCCAUUCCAUGCUUGAUGAUCUGCGUCUUCCUUUUUCCUGAAACAUCAGCUGCAAACGUUUUAUCAAGAAGAGCCUCUAGAAUUAGGGAACAAACAGGUGACAAUAGGUAUUAUACCAAGCAAGAAAAACUUGAUGCUGGAGUAAGUUCCAAACAGUUUUUGAUCAAUACACUUUAUAGACCAAUUGAAAUUAUUGCCGAAGAACCAAUCGUCUUGGCAUUUGAUGCAUACAUAGCGGUUUGUUACGGUACCUUUUACCUAUUCUUCGAAGCCUUUCCUAUUGUAUUUGUUGAUAAUUGGGGGUUUAGUUUGAUUGAGUUAGGACUUUCUUACUUUGGUUUUUGUGUUGGAUGUUGCAUCGCAUUUCCAGUUCUGGUAAUAUUUAUCAACAAAGUAGUGAAACCCAGUCGUAAAGAUGGUACCUUUGUCCCUGAAACAUUUUUAAUAUUAGCAAUGUUUGUCAGUUGGUGUUUGCCAUGUUCACUAUUUCUCUUUGGAUGGGCUGCAAUGACACACUGGAUUGUUCCAAUAAUAGCAGAGAUUUUCUUCGUUAUAUGCGUAUUCAAUCUAUUCCAAGCAGCGUUUUCAUAUCUAGCAAUAUGUUAUCCUAAAUACGUUGCUUCUGUAUAUGCAGGUAAUGGAUUCUGUCGCUCGGCACUUGCCUGUGCUUUUCCACUGUUUGGGAAAGCAAUGUACAAUAAUUUAGCAAUCGAUGGUUAUCCCGUAGGAUGGGGGUCGUCCAUCAUUGGAUUUACAUCAAUUGGUUUAGCCAUUAUCCCUUUUGCCCUAUAUAAAUAUGGUGCAUACUUACGUUCAAAGUCAUCUUUCACAGGCUAA